AUGGUCCAGUGCGACGAUUGUGUUGAUUGGUUUCACUUUGCUUGCGUAGGGGUUACAGCGGAUAUUGCGGAUAGAAGUUGGAGUUGCGCCAAAUGCAGUAUUGCGAAUGGAUUCCAACAAAUAACGAUCUCCAGUACACGUACCUCAGCAGCAGCAGCAAAAGCGUCCAGGAAACACGACGAGCAUAUUCCAGUUACCAGCACUCCUCCCUCCCACGAAGCGGCCAAAGCACUUCUCGAGCUCACAAAAUAUCGACAGUCGUCAGAUGCGUUGAAGCAGCCGUUUCCAGGAACGCGACUCUCUAGUACACUUCGUGCGCCGCACGCCGUCGGGAUAACUGUGAUGGAAGGCAUCAUUUCAAGCUCUGGGGAAUAUCCAAAUGGGAGCAAGGCGUCAUCUGUAUCAUCCUCCAAAAUGUCAAACCAGUCUCUUGCAAAGUUGAAGUUGAAGAAACUUGAAGAAGAACGCGAGUUGAACCGACGCGAAGCUGAGAAGGAAAGAUUGUAUCUGGAGCAAAAGUACAGCUUGUUAGAAGAAAUGGCUAGUUCCAAGGGGUCGGAAGCCGGGAGCGCUACAGCAGAUCGAGUUCGAGAAUGGGUGCAACAUACGCGUAGUACCGGAGACCGGGAAGAGUUCCCUACAGAACCAGUACAGGAGUUUGAACCUCGUCAAUGUUCUACAAGGCACAGACACACCUCAGUGCAAUUUGGUCCAACGGAAGUAGCUCCACGACGUCAUCGUUCCAGAGUUUUCAACAACCCAGCUUGUUCUGUUAAUCGGAUUCACCAGCAAAAGCCAUCAGCCGAGGUAGCUCAAUCUUCAAAUACUCUGCAGGAUCCCAAUCGCCAAAAUUCUGCUGGAUAUGCAACAGUUCAACUGGGAAUGCCAUCUCCACAGCAGCUAGCCGCUCGACAAUCCGUCUCUAGAGAUUUGCCGUCAUUUUCAGGGAACCCUGAAGAGUGGCCGAUCUUUGUCUCGUUGUUUAAUAGCACAACAUCUAUGUGUGGCUAUUCCAACGAGGAGAAUGUAGUACGUUUGCAAAAAUGCUUGAAGGGAAAAGCAUAUGACGCUGUGAGAAGCCGAUUAAUGCACCCGUCUAACGUUCCGGGUGUGAUUGCAACAUUAAAAAUGCUUUUCGGGCAACCUGAAGCAAUAGUCCAAUCGCUCAUCGCUAAAAUCAAUACAUUAGCCCCUAUGCGAGAGGAUAAACUUCAAACAAUCGUCGAUUUCGCCGUGAAUGUGGAAAACUUCGUGGCAACAGUGGAAGCGUGUGAGUUGGAGGAACACAUUUACAAUAUUUCGCUAUUACACCAACUUGUGAGCAAGCUACCGCCGUCAAUUAAGCUAGAUUGGGCCAGAUAUCGCAGCGCAUUACGGAACGUCAACUUGGCGACGUUUGGCAGUUGGAUCUACUCAUUAGCAGAGGCCGCCAGUGCGGUAAAUAUUCCGGAUCUAAACUACGAUUCCAAACCAACAAGAUCGCUACGAUAUGAGGCUAAUGUGGGAAAGAAAGGAAACGCUUUUUUGAAUUCGCACUCAGAAUUUGGUUUACAAGAUGCAUCACGAGAAAGGCCGUCAGAUCGGGCUACAACCAAGCAGACUCAAUUCCCCCCAGAUAUUUGUCCGAUAUGCAAGGGUGCAUGCAAAACUGCAGACAAAUGCAAACGCUUCCUAGAUCUCUCUCGAGAAUCUCGAUGGGCUGCGGUUCGGGAAUUCGGACUUUGCCGUAAGUGUCUACGUCGUCAUAGCGGUGUUUGUAAAGCUAAACCGUGUGGAAAAAAUGGAUGCACAUUUAGGCACCACGAGACGCUACACAAGGAUUCGGUUUUGCCAUCUACUAGUACAGCAACGCCGGAUAUAAUGCGUCCACAAGCUAGUUCAAGCCAAACGCACAGCUGUAACGUGCAUGGAUCAAAUGCGACGUCUACCCUCUUCCGAUACAUACCAGUUGUUCUCUCCAGCAAUAGAAAAGCUGUUUCUACCUAUGCGUUUUUUGAUGAAGGGUCGGAACUGACAUUGGUAGACCAAGAGUUAGCUGACGAGCUGAACUUAGGAGGAAUAGUCAGUCCCUUGUGCUUGCGCUGGACCGGUGGUGAUCAUCGAUCAGAAAAGAAUUCCAGGGUGGUUGAUCUGAAUAUCUCAGGAAUACGAAGUGAGGCAAAGACAUACUGUCUUAGUGGAGCCAGAACUGUCAAAGAGCUUCUACUUCCCCAUCAAAACUUGGAUAUGGCUUCACUGACACGCAAGUACCCCCACCUGGAAGGUCUACCAAUAGAUUCCUAUUUCGAAGCACAACCGCGGAUUCUAAUCGGCCUCAAACAUGCAAGGUUCGGUUUAGUGCAGAAGAGCCACGAAGGAAACCCUGAAGAUCCAAUUGCCACCAAAACAAGGCUAGGUUGGGCAGUGUAUGGCGGCCAAACCAACCGAUCAUCACAUAACAUGGUUCACUAUACCUUCCAUGUGUGUGACAACACAUCUCGAUUCGAUGAGAACUUAGAAGCUGCUGUGAAGGAGUAUUUCGAUCUCGACAGCGUAGGUAUUUCAAAAAAGAAUGAACUUCUUUCAAAAGACGAUGAGCGUGCCAUGUCGUUACUGCAAACUUUAACCAAAUUUGAGAACGGACGAUACGAGACUGGGCUUCUAUGGAAGUUUGACAACUUGCGUCUUCCAGAUAAUCGUGAAAUGGCUUUGCGGCGAUAUUACUGUCUUGAGAAGCGUUUGGAGAGUGAUCACCAGCUGGCAGAAAUUCUAAGACAGAAGAUUGCGUCCUACUUAGAAAAAGGCUAUCUACGAAAGGUAUCCCCAGAAGAGCUUGCUGAGCCCUUCCCGCGGGUUUGGUACUUACCUAUGUUUCCGGUAACAAACCAAAAUAAGCCCGGCAAGACACGAUUGGUUUGGGAUGCGGCGGCCAAAGUAUAUGGUGUAUCCCUCAACUCCGCACUCGUGAAGGGUCCCGAUCAACUUAGUUCACUGUUCGCAAUACACAUUCAGUUCCGGCAGUUCAAAGUGGCGCUUACUGGAGACAUUAGAGAAAUGUUCCACCAAGUGAACAUGAGAAGAGCAGAUCAACAUUGUCAGCGAAUAUUCUGGCCAGACGAGAACGGGAGACUUGCUGUAUAUGUUCUGUGCGUAAUGAGCUUCGGAGCCUGCUGCUCACCGAGCUGUGCGCAAUAUAUUAAAAAUUUGAAUGCGGAGCGGUUCAUCAAACAAUAUCCUCUGGCCGUGGAGGCGAUCCAACAGCGACACUAUGUGGAUGAUAUGCUGGCCAGUGUCGAAACAGCAAAAGAGGCAAUCACUUUGGCACGAGAGGUUAAGCUAGUACACUCCGCCGGAGGAUUCGACAUCCGGAACUGGCUUAGCAACUCUCAGCUAGUUAUGAUGUCUUUGCAGGAAAACUGCACCGUAGAGAAGAAUAUGGAUUUGGACAAUGCACUGUCUACUGAGAAGAUUUUGGGGAUGUGGUGGAGAACAUCUACAGAUUCAUUUACCUUCAAAGUAGGUUGGAACAAGUUCCAGCCCGGAUUGCUUAACGGUGAACUAUGCCCGACAAAAAGACAAGUAUUACGAGUCCUCAUGUCAAUUUUCGACCCGUUAGGCUUGAUUGGUCAUUUCCUCAUCUAUCUGAAAAUAAUCCUACAAGACAUCUGGAGGUCCAGAAUAGGAUGGGAUGAGAAAAUCAGCGGUGACCUGCUCGAACGUUGGCAUACUUGGUUAGAAGUCUUACCUUUAGUUGAAGGAGUCGACAUACCUCGUUGUUUCAGGAAAAAUACCUCCGUAAACCAGGAUCUAAUUGUUCAAAUGCAUACGUUUGUAGACGCUAGUGACAAUGCCGUCGCUGCGGCAGUUUUCCUUCGAUUUUCCCAAGGCGACGUUAUCGAGUGUACAUUAGUCGCUACUAAAACCAGAGUAGCUUCUUUGAAACUCAUUUCAAUACCAAGGUUGGAGUUGCAAGCGGCUUUAAUCGGAACAAGACUAGCAAAGACUGUUACAGAAAGCUUGACAAUGCCGAUCAAGCGCCACUUCUACUGGACGGACAGCAGGAACGUAAUGUGCUGGAUUAACGCAGACCAUCGACGGUAUUCGCAAUUUGUGGGAUUCCGUAUCAGCGAAAUAUCAGAGUUAACCAAACCCGACGAAUGGCACUGGAUUCAGUCGAAAGAUAAUGUCGCUGAUCUAGGUACGAAAUGGAAAAAUGCUCCCGAUCUAUCAACAAACAGCAAAUGGUUUAGAGGUCCCGAAUAUCUUUGGAAACCUGAGAAGCAUUGGCUAAGACCAACCGUUGACUGUAAUCUACAAACCGACGAGGAGUUGCGAUCGAAUCUUCUUGUGCACUGCACAGCCGUGAACCCGGUGGUGAAAAUUGAUCGUUUUUCGAGCUGGAAGCGACUCCAACGUGUGGUAGCGUAUCUGUAUCGCUUCAUCAAAAACUGUCAGCUUCAUCGUCAUCAACAAAUACCAGUGACUGGGUCGCUGAAAAUGGAAGAACUCAGAGCAGCAGAGCAAUAUCUUAUACGACAGGCACAACAAGACGCCUAUUCGGAUGAAAUCUCGCUUCUGCGCAGCCUUGAUCAGCAAACAGGAAAUAUCCCGAAAAAUAGUCAUCUACACAAACUUACUCCGUGGUUAGAUAGUAAUGGAGUAAUGAGAAUGCGUGGAAGAAUUGCAGCCUGCAAAUUCACAACGGACGAUGCCAAGAAUCCCAUUAUUCUGCCGCGCCAUCACCACAUAACAAGCCUUAUAGUCACCGACUACCACCAAAAAUAUCACCAUAAGAACCAUGAGACUGUCGUGAAUGAGAUUCGCCAAAAAUAUAGGAAAAUAUAG